AUGCGGGCUCCCAGCUUCUUCCCCGUUCUGUGGAAACUGGUUCGCCCCUUUUUGACUCAGCGAACGGCGGACAAGGUGAACGUCUACAGCAAAGACGGCUGGAAAAACGCCCUCCUCGACAUCAUGGACGCUGAGCAGCUUCCAGCCCAUUGGGGAGGAAACAUGGUGGGACCCGACAACGAUCCAAGAUGCCGACACAAGGUGAACCACGGGGGCCGCUUUGAGGAAGUAGCGCCAUCUUCCGUGUUCAAGGAGGAAGGCGUCCAGUUAAAGAACAUCGGUCGUCGCGACCGGUGGGAACUACCCGUGAGCGUGUCUGAGCCAGGAGUUCAAAUCAGCUGGCGCUUCCAGACGGCCUCCGGAGACCUGUCGUUCGGUGUACGCACCGAGGCUGGAGAGACUCUGGUUCCCUUGCGACGCUUCGAGUCCUGCAGCCACGAACCUCAGGAAGGGUGCUGGCAGUGCGACACGCCGGGAACAUAUAUCCUCGAAUUCGACAACAGUUUCAGCUGGUUAAAUGGCAAGAAGCUGGCAUAUGUCGUGAACACGCACGCCGUGAACGAGAACCCUUGA